AGUGGUCUGGGGUCAUCAAAGGGCAGCUGUCCACUAUAAAGGGGCAUCUGCACAUUGCAUCACUUCAGUCUGAGACCAGCUGGAAGAAGGAAGCUCAUCUUUGCCUCUCUCACUCUUGUUACCCCAGAGUUUCUGAGUUACAAUGGAAGCUAGAGUCUUCUCAGUUUUCUGCUUGUUCCUCCUCUGCUCUUUUACAGUUGUUUUCUCUUCUCAUUUGCUGAAGUAUCCCUCAGGCGUUGCGAACACUUUAGCAUUCAGAAAUAUCUCAGUAAAUCCUCACAGCAGAUACCCGCUGUACAUGAUGCAGCUGUACCGCUCCUUCAGGACUGCUGAUUCCUCCUCCUCAGUUGCUGUUAACACCGUAACUGCACAAGGGGAUGACCUGUCAGCGUACACAUCUGACUCUGUCCUCAGCCUGAUGGCCAGAGGAUGCUAUCAAGUGGGGGACAGAUGGACAGUUAUGUUUGACAUGUCAUCAGUCUCCACUCGUGAGCUUGUUCAGCAGGCUGAGCUUCGCAUCAGACUGCCUGCGUUCUCCAGCUCCAGACGGGUGACUGUGGAUUUAUAUCACUCCAGAAAGCACAGCUGUGACCCUGAAAGUGUACCAUGCCACCUUGAACAACUUUUCCUGGGCAGCUUUGUGACCUCACCCAGCAGCUCAAAGUCCUCCUGGAAGGUUUUUGACGUGACUGCUCUGUUAAAGUACUGGCUGUACCAGGGAGACAGGGCGUCCAGCCAGGAGGCCUCAGGAGAGCCAGAGGUGGAUCAGGGGAGUGGAGAUGGAGCUGAAGGGAUGAUGAGUGGAAAGUUAAAGAAUUCUGGAUUGAGGAAAAGAAAAAUUAACCACUCAACCACAAACAGGGUCAUGAUGGUGAUCUUCUCCAAACGUAACCUGCCCACUGAAGACCACACAGCGAACAGUCUCAUUCAUACUGUGGAGAACUCAAAGUAUGUCACCAUAGACAGAGUGAGAAGUGACAGUCAGAGCCGACGCCACAAAAGAAACAGGAUGGAGAGGAUGAGGAUGGCGGAUGGAGCUUCUUCUACAGCUACACCACCACCACCACCAGCAGCAGCAGCAACAGCAACAGCAACAGUAGCAGAGCCGGCUCAGAGGACCCUCUGUAGAAGAGUGGACAUGUGGGUGGACUUUGACCACAUUGGCUGGGAUGAAUGGAUUGUGCACCCAAAGCGCUUCAAUGCGUAUAGAUGUGAGGGAGAGUGUCCCACACCCCUUGACGGGUCUUUUAAUCCCACCAACCAUGCUUACAUGCAGAGCCUCUUGAGUCAUCACCACCCUGAAAGAGUGUCUUGUGCAUCCUGUGUGCCGACCCGUCUCAGCCCGCUCUCCAUGCUGUACUACGAGAGUGAUGAUCUGGCUCUGCGGCAUCACGAGGACAUGAUCGUUGAGGAGUGUGGCUGUCACUGAAGGAUGGACCAACACUGGUGUUACCGCAUCCACAAGAGGAACUAGCAACACAUUACAGUUCAACUGCUUCUCAUAUGUCUUCAUGUUAUCAUCAAUGUUCAAACAUGAAAUAGGAAGUCUUAGUCAUGGCUUUUAAAGAAAAUUACGAUUAAGUAGAAAUGUAAAUAUUAUUUCAUCCAU